AUUUAAACUCAUGUGUCGCUUUUAAGGUCGUGCGACAUCAACUUCUAGUUCCGUUUAUCAGUUUGUCUAAACCUCAUGUUCCCGAAAUUCCUCAUCACAGAUAUUCUGAAAUUCACUUCGUUAUGAAUAAAUUCUCAAUAUUUUUCGUAAAACAUUCACAAAAAUUAGCACUUUUAUCCGCAGCCACGGCAUGUUCAUUAACUUAUUUUGUCCAACCAUAUUAUGAAGUUCUUUGUCGUUGGUCUACUUCACAAUUUGACAUAGGAUGGGAGACAAAACCAUCUCAACGAGUCCUAAGAAUAACAAAAGAUAUUUGUUCUCAUUUCACUAUGACGGAUUAUCAAAAAUCUCAGUUAGAUGUAUUUCUUACAUCUGUAGAUGAGUCACUUGUCUUAGGUUCUAUAAAAUCACCUGGUUAUGCAUUUAUUGGAUUGCCCUACUUUUUUAGAUAUGAAAGUUCCGCUGAAAUACCCUUAGAUUCACUAGACUUCUAUCGAUCAUACUUUCCUUAUGGGCCUUUUUCGAAAGUAGGCAGAGAUCGUCUAGAACUUAUGGUUUUGCCUGAAUCAGCUUUAAAAUUCCUUAUAGCACGUGAAAUUGUUCGACUUCGAGGAGUUACAGCAACAGGUCAAAAACUACCUUUAUCUGCUCGUGGUCAAUCACUACUUACUGCAAACUCAAUAAUCGGUAGUCUUUACUUAUCAUACCAAGCAAUAUUUCUUCUCAAUAGAACUUUCAAAUUGCCUAUUCUUAUGUCAACAGUUUCCAAAGUAUUAAUCUACACUCUUAUACCUUUGUUCGGAUUGUUUUGUCAACAUCAAAUCAUAUUAGCUUGGCGUAGAUAUUGUUGUUUACGAGCUGAUCAAAUUGUUUCCAGUUUAGAUGAAUCAUUUAGACAAGGUGGUCUUCAAUAUUAUGAUUGGCGUUUAAGAUGGAAUCAAUUUUGGGCAAAACGACAAGAAGAAUUUAAAGAAAGAAAACGUUUAAUUAAAGCAAACAACCAUGAUGAAACAAUGAAAUUUGAUCCUGUUACACAGUAUCAAUUAGAAAAUGAAAGAUCUUCAGAAAAGAAUACUACUGAAACUGAUUAUUAUCUUCCCAAAUCUGAAAAUGAUCCACUUGAUCCAGUAAUCAUACAAAAACAAUUAUCCAAUGAGUCACAACAAAAAAAUGCAAACUAUUAUCAAAGAAAUCGAUUCAAUCAUUCUGGCAAUGAAUUAUGGGCUGGUGAUGGUGAUGGUAUUAAUUUAGGAUGGACUGGAAUUUUAUCUGUUGGAUUAAUGCCACGCAUAAUAUCGUCAUUUUUUAAUUUAUUCUCAUCACCAGCAACCAGUUCUCAGCGUUACAAUCAAUUAACUGUAUUGAAAGUGAAAACAACAACCACUUAGUCUUUAUUCCUUUGCUUCCUUUUAUUAAUUUCAUAGUAAAUCUA